UUUUUAUCAUGCCAUUCACAUCCUAGGAAAAAGAGAGAAAAUAUAAAUUAAGAAAUAAUAGAGACGGCGGCUCCUUCAAGGAAACGCAGCUCGUGCACACUGCGCCCCGCCGCCGCCGCUACCCAUGAGGGAGAUGCAGGGUGCGCUGGCCUGGGCCCGGCUCAAGUCUCUGCUGAGGCCCCGCCACAAAAAGAGGGCCGAGGCGCAGAAAAGGAGCGAGUCCUUCCUUCUGAGCGGACUGGCUUUCAUGAAACAAAGGAGGAUGGGCCUGAACGAAUUUAUUCAGAAGAUUGCUAACCACUCCUAUGCAUUCAAGCACCCAGAAGUUCAGUCCAUCUUGAAAAUCUCCCAGCCCCAGGAGCCUGAGCUUAUGAAUGCCAACCCUUCUCCUCCACCAAGUCCUUCUCAGCAAAUCAACCUUGGUCCAUCAUCCAACCCUCAUGCUAAACCAUCUGAGUUUCACUUCUUGAAAGUGAUUGGGAAAGGCAGUUUUGGAAAGGUUCUUCUAGCAAGACACAAGGCAGAAGAAGUGUUCUAUGCAGUUAAAGUUUUACAGAAGAAAGCAAUCCUGAAAAAGAAAGAGGAGAAGCAUAUUAUGUCAGAGCGCAAUGUUUUAUUGAAGAAUGUGAAACACCCUUUCUUGGUGGGCCUUCACUUCUCUUUCCAGACUGCAGACAAAUUGUACUUUGUCCUAGACUACAUUAAUGGUGGAGAGUUGUACUACCAUCUCCAGAGGGAGCGCUGCUUCCUGGAACCACGGGCUCGUUUCCAUGCUGCUGAAAUAGCCAGUGCCUUGGGUUACCUGCACUCUCUGAACAUUGUUAGAGACUUAAAACCUGAGAAUAUUCUGCUAGACUCCCAGGGACACAUUGUCCUUACCGACUUUGGACUGUGCAAGGAAAACAAUGAGCACAAUGGCAUGACGUCUACCUUCUGUGGUACACCUGAGUAUUUGGCACCUGAGGUGCUCCAUAAGCAGCCUUAUGACCGGACUGUGGACUGGUGGUGCCUGGGGGCCGUCCUGUAUGAGAUGCUGUAUGGCCUGCCUCCUUUUUAUAGCCGAAACACAGCUGAGAUGUACGACAACAUUCUGAACAAGCCCCUCCAGUUGAAACCAAAUAUCACAAAUUCUGCAAGGCACCUCCUGGAAGGCCUCCUGCAGAAGGACAGGACAAAGCAGCUUGGUGCCAAGGAUGACUUUAUGGAGAUUAAGAGUCAUGUCUUCUUCUCCCUAAUUAACUGGGAUGAUCUCAUUAAUAAGAAGAUUACUCCUCCUUGUAACCCAAAUGUGAGUGGACCCAGAGACCUGUGGCACUUUGAUCCCAUGUUUACUGAAGAGCCAGUCCCCAACUCCAUUGGCAGGUCCCCUGACAGCAUCCUCAUCACAGCCAGAGUCAAGGAAGCUGCGGAGGCUUUCCUAGGCUUCUCCUACGCACCUCCCAUGGACUCCUUCCUCUGAACAAUCUUGGGGUUGCUUUUGAAGGAUUUUGUGUGUUUUAAAUGUUUUAGUUAGCCUUUUGGCGGAGCUGCCAGCUGACAGGACAUCUUUAAAAGAGAAUUUGCACAUCUCUGGAAGCUUAGCAAUCUUGCACACUGUUUGCUGGAAGCUUUUGGAAGAGCACAUCCUCAGUUAGCUCAUGACAUUUUCAUUUUUAUUCUUACUUCCAACGUGGUGCUAUCUCUGAAAUGAGCAUUAGAGUGCCACCUUAGAUACAGGAGUCUUGUCAGAAGGAAGGCAGUGCUCUAAGAGAAGGUUCUCCUGCAGGUUUAUCUAGGCUAUGAUAACGAAUAUUAUGAAAUGUGCCUUUUCUGAAGAGAUCGUGUUAGCUCCAAAGCUUUUCCUGUUGCACAGUGUUUCAGUUCUUUACUUUGUCCUUGUGGACUUACUCUGUGAACAGUGGAAUGAGUGUGGUAUGCUUGAUCACAGAUGAUGGAUUUUGUUAUAAGCAUCAAUGUGACACUUGCAGCACACUACAACGUGGGACAUUGUUUGUUUCUUCCACAUUUGGAAGAUAAAUUUAUGUGUAGACUUUAUUUUUUGUAAGAUACAGUUAAAACUAAAUUUAUUGAAAUGGUUUUGCAAUGACUUAUAUUCAGAUGCUUAAAGAAAGCAUUGCUGCUACAAAUAUUUCUAUUCUUAGAAAGGGGUUUUAUGGACCAAUGCCCCAGUUGUCAGUCAGAGCCGUUGGUGUUUUCAUUGUUUAAAAAUGUCACCUGUAAAAUGGGCAUUAUUUGUUUUUUUAUUUGCAUUCCUGAUAACUGUAUGUAUUGUAUAAAGAAAAUCUGUACAUUGGGUUAUAACACUAGUAUAUUUAAACUUAUAGGCUUAUUUGUAAUGUAAACCACCAUUUUAAUGUACUGUAAUUAACAUGGUUAUAAUAUGUACAAUCCUUCCCACCACACAGCUAUUUUUGUGUGUGAUAAACCAAUUUUGGUUUGCAAUAAAAUCUUCAAAAAAAAAGAAAUAAUAGAAUCUCCUCACUUAAAAAGCUGUAUCACAUUUCCAUCAGUGCCUGGUAUGCUAAGAAUGGAGAAGGCUAUAGAUGUAAAAGUAAAAAUAAAACUCAGGCCAAUCAUCCAGAAAACUCAUGCGAGGUGGUCAAGUUC